UGUCGCUUUAAGUUAAGUGUAUUGUCACAGUAUUUUACUUCAAAUCAAAAUAAUGUUGUUCGAUUUAGCAAUCAUUGCCACUUUAAUUGCCUCGACAUCAUGCCAUCCAGUGCCCCAAAACCAACUUCCGGAACGUUCUUCCGGCGUAAAUUUAUUGGAAGAAGCUGAAAAACUUAAUCAAAAUUUAAAUUCCGUCUCAAUGAGUGAUCUUUUGGAUUCCUUUGGAGGCUCAUCGACCGAGACACAAGCACCGGAACCGGCCCCAAAUUCCCACAAUGGCCUCUAUUUCCUCUUUGACUGGAACUCGUUCUUGGAAGUGGACGACCAGUUGGGGCGCCGAGUCAACUUACGGUUCCAACCCACAAUCGGAGAUCCCAAAAGAUUCAUUUCCGUUUCGGUGCCAUAAAAGUGACCUUUUGUGUAUUUAUAAACAAUUCAAUAAAA